AGUCACGCUACUUCUGUAGUUGUCUACUUGUCUGUGUCGUUCUGAAACAGCACUAAACUCUCUCUCUCUCUCUCUCGCUUUUACUCUCCACCAUCUUCACUAUCUUCUUCGCCCCUCCACUACUCUCUCUCUUUCUCUCCCCCAUCAAACCCUUUCUCUCCCACCUAAAACUGGCUGGGUUUACAUUCACCUUCUCUUCACUGUUUCUUGUGUGCACUCCAUCCGACCCAGAUGGCUGACUCUGCAAAAUACUCACCCAUCAAUGGCGGAACUAUCAUUUCAGACCUCAACACCCACUUCUCCCUCUUCAGAACCAAGAGAACCAAGGCGUGUGCUUUUGCCUUCGUGUCUGUUUUCGUUGCCUUCACUGUUUUCCUGGCUUUUACCCCUUCCGCUAACAACUCCUCUUCUCCCUGGUUCACAAAUAUUUUUUCUUUGAGCCCUGCCACAAAUGGAUCUCACUUCUCUUCAAUCGUCUCUUACUUUUCCCCAAACUCUUCUGCACCCCCUAAUGGCGUAACUGGAUCUCAGAAUAGUAGUUCUAAACCGCCCAGUUUGAGUAAAGGGCAGACAAAUCAGACUCAGAAUAAUGGUAAAGUUGAGCCCUUGAAGAAGCCUUUAACUAUAAGCUCAACUGUGAAUACAACAACUCAACACUCUUCUUCUUCUGAAAAGAAUCAGACCCAGAGCCAUGGCUCUGAUCCUAAAGUUGGAGCUUUGAAGGCAAAUCAGACUGGGAAUGGAGAGAAGAUAAUUGCAGAGAAGGGUGGGUUGAAGAACCUUACUUCUUCCUUAGCAAAGAAGAAGCAGAGUAAUGGUGAUGAGGAUUUGGUUAAGUCUUUAUUGAAGUGUGAUUUCUUUGAUGGGAAUUGGGUGAAAGAUGAUGAGUCUUACCCUCUCUACAAACCUGGUUCUUGUUCCCUCAUUGAUGAGCAAUUCAACUGUUUUACCAAUGGUAGACCAGAUAAUGAUUACUUCAAAUAUAGAUGGAAGCCCAAGGCUUGCACCCUCCCAAGACUGAAUGGAGCUCAUAUGCUGGAAAUGUUGAGAGGGAAGAGAUUAGUAUUUGUGGGUGAUUCUCUAAACAGGAAUAUGUGGGAAUCUCUUGUUUGCAUUCUGAGAAAUUCUGUCAAGGAUCAGAAGAAAGUGUAUGAAGAGUUUGGCAGACACCAUUUCAGAGGAGAAGCUUCAUACUCCUUUGUAUUUGAAGAUUACGGCUCGAAAGUUGAAUUCUUUGUGUCUCCGUUCUUGGUUCAAGAAUGGCAGGUCCCGGAUAAGAAUGGGACGACGAAGGAGACCCUCCGACUCGAUUUGGUUGGGCAGUCUGCUGAGAAAUAUAAGAAUGCAGAUGUUCUAGUUUUCAACACGGGCCACUGGUGGACUCACGAGAAGACUUCGAAAGGGAAAGACUACUACCAAGAAGGCAGUCAUGUGUAUAGUGACCUUAAUGUUCUCGAGGCUUUUCGAAAAGCUUUAACUACAUGGGGGAGAUGGGUUGAUGCCCAUAUAAAUCCCGCAAAAACAUUCGUUCUCUUCAGAGGCUAUUCUGCUUCUCAUUUCAGUGGAGGGCAGUGGAAUUCUGGCGGGGCGUGUGACCAUGAAACCGGGCCAAUCAAGAACGAGACAUACCUCACCGAAUACCCUCCAAAGAUGAAGGUUUUGGAGAGGGUACUAAGGGGAAUGAAAACCAAAGUCUCGUAUCUAAAUGUCACGAGAAUGAGUGAUUUCCGAAAGGAUGGCCAUCCAUCAAUAUAUCGAAAACAAAAGCUAUCCGCCGAGGAGAAGGAGAAGCCAUUGAUGUAUCAAGACUGCAGCCAUUGGUGCCUUCCUGGUGUGCCUGAUGCUUGGAAUGAGAUCUUGUAUGCCAAGCUUUUGGUACAACAACAUCAAAAGCAACAAGAUAACAAGUCCUAGGUGACACACACACACACACAAACAGUGGUUGUGUUUUAUGUGUUCAAUGUAGAGAUAUAUAAUAUACAUAGAAUAUAGAUACACAAAAACAAAUAGCUGGAGAAGAUCCAAGAAAUAGUACUUAAAUGUAUAAUUUUUUUUUGAGUGACGAGGAAAAUCUGCAGUCACUAUCUAAGGGUGUGCAGUGGGUAAAUCCCGUUAAAUGCAUAUAAAUUUGAUAA